CGAGGUGGUCACGGUGUGGUACCGGGCUCCCGAGAUCCUGCUGGGCCAGGAGGUCUACAGCGUGCCCGUGGACAUCUGGAGAGCGUCGGCUGCGUGAUGGGCGAGAUGGCCACCAGCACCCCCCUGUUCGGGGGCGACUCGGAGAUCCACACGCUCUUCAAGAUCUUCCAGAAGCUGGGGACACCCACAGAGGCGGAGUGGCCAGAGAUAGUCUCCUUGAAGGACUACAAGACCACAUUCCCGAAGUGGAAGUCCAGGGGCUGGGCCAACAUCCGGAACAUGAAGGCCCAGGUCGGCGCGGACGGCAUAGACCUCCUCGAGAAGCUCAUGGCCUACGACCCGAAGGCGCGGAUUUCGGCGCGGAUGGCGAAGGACCACGCGUAUUUCCGCGACGCCGCGGCCCUGCUGGCGGAGGAGGCGGGCGCCCUGGGAGGGCGGCAGCCGCAGCCGUGCGCGGCGUAGUGGCUCGGCCACGCGGAGAGGGGGGGGCCUUCCCACCUCCCCCUGCACCCAUGAUAAUGCGCGCCGCCAGGAAGCGGCUCUCGCUUCGGUGAUCCGCAGCAGCAGCCCCCGCCUCGCCCGAGGCGGGGCGCGAAUUGGCGCGAGGCCUCCGCCCCGUUGCCCCUGUCGUGCGCGCUGCUUCGGGCCCGGCCGCUCAAGCCCUGGCCCGAAGCCUUACGACGACCUGGGCGGGGCGCGCUGGGCCGGGGCUCGGUUGGCGGAGGAGGAGGGUUCCUCCUCCUCCUCCUCCUUC